AACUAAUAUCAUAUAGAUUAUAAACUAACCUAAUAUUCCACUGUCUUAGUGUGGUUACCUAAUGCAAACAAUAGUUACGAUAAUAUUUUUGGUUUUACGAAAGUAUUAUUACAAUCAUCUGUUGCUUCUGUGUGUUGUGAACAGUGAUCGAAAUAUAAGCGAAAUUCAUUGUAAUUCGUAUGGCUUUAAAUUAUACUCACCGUAGUGGUACAGUAAAAUUGUUCGUUUGUAGGCUAUAGCUGGAGCAAGCGGUAUAACGCGAUGGUCGAUGAAAUUAAAAUUGGCUGCGAAUAUGAAUCAAUAAAAUAUGGUCCAAGGGCGGCGCUGGCACAAUUUUUGGCAACUAUUGCACAGAGUUUUCUGUCAGUCGGAUUGGGUAUUCAACUAGCAGUACCGGCAAUCGUCAUCCGUCACUUGUACAAAAAUAGUAUUAUUGAUAGUGAUUUCUCGAUAUCACUAACUGAGGCGUCUUGGUACGGGAGUGUAUUAUUUAUAAUCCACCCAUUUGGAUGUUUCCUGUCGGGAGUCCUUCAAGAGAGAUUCGGAAAGAAGCUUUGCAUGAUAUUUGCAAACGUGCCCAGCAUUGUCGGGUGGACUUUGCUGUACUUUGCUCACUCGCCUCUUUUUCUCUACGGGUCGUCGCUUCUGAUGGGAUUCAGUAUAGGCGUCGGCGCUGGUGCAGUACACGCCUAAGUCGGCGAAAUAACAGAACCAAGACUCAGAGGAUCCAUGGCUUCCAUAUCGAACACAGCAGCUUUGUUUGGAUCAUUGUUGGGAUUCAUAUUGGGUGCAUUGUUCGACUGGCGUACCGUUGCACUGUUGAGCACGCUUUGUCCUGUAAUAUGUAUAUUGUUAAUCUUUUUAAUUCCAGAGUCUCCCAUUUGGUUGAUCGCCAAAGGUAAAAACGAUAAGGCCGAAAAGGCCAUGUGUUGGUUAAGAGGAUGGGUGGACCCUGAAAUAGUUAAACCCGAAUUAAUUACACUGUUCCAUUAUAACGAAGUUUCUGGAACUUUUGGAACUGAAGGUAGCAAUUCCAACGCAAAUGGUGAUAAUAGUUUGCUGUCGAAAUUAGCCCUAUUCAAGGAACCAUCGGUUUAUAAACCGUUAAAAUUAAUAAUGAUUUACUUUCUCACGUCUUAUGCAAUUAACCUUACUCCUGGAAAACCGUUCAUUGGUAAAAUAAUGACAGAAGUCGGUGUGAAGGAUUACCAAAGUAUAUAUUUGAUUAUUUUUUCCGUCCUGCAAACGAUUGGGAGUUUGAUAUUGAUCUUAACUAUUCGUCGUUUCCGGAAAAGAUUUUUGACAUUAGUAACGGUAUCGAUAAACUCUGCAUUGUUACUAUUAUUUAGCGUAUACAUCGUGGCCAUGAAAAACAAUUAUAUUGAAUCGACGCAAUGGAUUCCUUGUUCAAUAAUCGGUGGUAUUUACCUAUCUGGGGGUUGUGGUGCAGCAUGCAUACCCUGGAUGUUAAUUGGUGAAGUGUUUCCGAACAAAAGUCGAGGAAUUGCCACUGGCGUAUGUGCAGGGAUGUCAUAUUUGCUUUUGUUCUUAUUAACAAAAUCGUACCUGACAGUUGAAAUGAUUUUAAGUAUUGAGUACACAAUGCUUCUUUUUGGUUGUAUUGGUAUUUUUGGAUUAGUAUAUUUUUAUUAUUAUUUGCCAGAAACAGAAAAUAAAACAUUAUUAGAAAUUGAAGAAUUUUUCGCAUCCAGUUCAAAAGAUCGAAAAUAGAUAAAAAUAUUUUAGUAUUUCAUUAAAUUAAUGAAUUUUCAAUUUUGCAUUUUUUUUAUGCAAAAAAAAAUUGUAUCAAGAUUUUUUUCAUAGUCUUUGAGGUUGAACUAAUCUAUUGUUUGAUACUUUAAAUAAGUCUUAUCACGAAUGUUUAAAAAUAAUAACUUAACAUUACUUUUAAUUUAACAUGGAGAAUCUCAGUGAAAAAUAAAAUCGUUAGUUUUUUAAGCAAUCUCACUAAUAUUUUGUUAUUUUGUGACGUAUAUUAUACAAUGAAGAAGUUCAAAUUAUUAUCAUAUAAUUUGUAAAAAUAAAAGUUUUAUAUC